CACCAUGGCGACGAGCGACUCCCUUGACGAUGUGUUUGACGAAGAUGCAGAAGAGAGCCUGCUACAGCAGAGAGACUGGAACAGGGUGAGGUCGCACGUCGUCAAGGAAGGCUUUAGAAACGGGGUUACGGAAGGCGAGGAGCGGUCCAUGCAGGAGGGAUUCAAUGCUGGCUACUGUCGGGCUGUCAGUCUCUACUACAGUCUAGGAAACCUGCGUGGAAAGGUCGGCGCCCUUCUCGCGGUCGGUCAACUCAAGGAUGGCAGUGUUAGUCUAAGGGAGACAACUUGUGCCGAGCUGGAAUCAAUUCUGCAGGAAGUGACUGGUUUUGAAAAGGAUCUCAAGACGUCGGUGACGGCCAAGUGUUCCGAGCUUGCUACAGUUCAGUCAAGUCUGUCCCAGGAUGUGUCUGUGUGUUCGUGCGAUGGCCGCGACGUUUGUCGGAUUUGUUACAGCGAUUCAAGAGAGGUGGUCGCAGACUUAGGAUUGGAUGAUUUGUCUGUUGGUCCAGAAAAUGACAAACAGAAGAUGCAGAAGACACUAGGUGAAGAUGUGUCGUCAACACUGUGUGUAGAACAGAUCACAGCAAGCUACUCCCAGUUACUCGACCAGGCUAAAGCUGCAGUUGACAAAUUUGAAUACAAAGUUGCUAAGAUAGUGAAUGAGACUAUCAGUUGUUAGUCUGAUACCAGGCAAUAUUCUGUAAAUGCACGUGUGUGUUAAUCUAAAGACACUAUCCAGAAUUUGCUGCUAUUGUAACUUCUUAUUUUUUACUAAUAAAAGCUAUUAAACACAUUUUGUUUAGAAUAUCAGAAUAUUCCAUGUAUUUCUGGUCAUCCUGAAUGGAGCUCAAACUGGAUUUUACUCCUCAUUAAUUUCCUGUGCUAAUUGUUUUUUAAUAAUACAGGGAAGUAAAAUGAAGUUUGAACUGCAUGUGCUACCAACAUUAUGACCAACCCAAAACACAAUGAAUAUACAUACUAUGGACACUGAUGUUGUCAAGAAGAAAAGGUAUUUAAUAUGUAAUAUUUGCUGUUAAAGAUACUAUUAGUGGGAAACAUAUUACAACAGCAGCAAACCUGGAAUAGUUCCUUUCAGUGGUUCAUUCAUUCAUUUAUUUAUUCACAUGCUUCCAUACCACGAAGGUUUCAAGCAUGUCUGUCCCGGGGUCGAGUUCUGGAUAGCCAGAGGUCUACUCCGGGACAGAAAAUUUAACGGGAUAAUUUAGAAUUUUACUCAAAAAUUAAAAAUAUAUAUAGGGGGACAAAUUUAACUAUAUUUUAAAAAAAAAAAGUUUUGAAGGUGUAGUCCAAAAAUUUAUUUAAAAACUAUUAUUAUAUCCAAAAUGUUCCUAGACUAAUAAAUUUUUCACCAUUUUAAAUGGGCGUUCUAAAUUAAAAUAAUACAACAAACUCUAAGCCCUAUCUGGAACGAGGUUGGAGGUUGUUGAUUGAAGGUUGUCACAGGAGGUUGAUAUUAAAAUAUAAUACUAACAGUAAUUUACCUUUAUAGGGAGGUACCGGGUCCAUGUGUAGCUUCAGCGUGGCCGAGGGGGGUGGGGGGGGGGGGGGAUCAGGGAGAGCGAGGGACAGGGGAAGGCCCCAGACAAUCCUAUCUCUCCCUAAAUCCAAAACGCCUACGCCUAAGUGUCUAACCCCUAAUUUCUGGUGGCAUCCCCCCUCCCCCCACCCACCCCAAACCACCACUCCCAUCCGCCCAAUCGUCGCGCCAGCCGGAACCCAGCACCACUCCCCUAACAAAUAAUAUACUAAACCAGCGAUGGGGUCUCCAAGUAAUGGAAAACACUGUAAUUAACCCAGCCCUGGCUACAGAAAAAUAACUUUAGUAGAUUAAAUACUUAAGACAAAAUUAAAAUUUAGCAAAUCAUGGUAGAGGAAAUGCACCCGGUUUUCAGUGGUGGAGGUUUGUUUAGUUAUAUAUUGUAGUUUAAGUGAAUACAGUACUGGUUCUACUAAUGUACAGGUAUAUAAUGUUAAAUGUGUAGAAAUAUUGAUGUAAUGCUUAAUAAACUCAUUUUGGUUACAA